GGCACCUUGGGCGCACGCUCGCUUCUCAGCGUCGGUCGGUGACAGAGCGGGUCUCGGGGCCCCGGGGGCGCCCACGGGGCGCCAGUCGGCGGCCGGCCGUCCGAGGUGAGGGUGUGGUGUACUAUAGAUAAGCCAUGUCUGUGUGUCGCAGCAGCGGCCAGCGGCUGCUGCUGGCCGUGGCCGCCGUGCUGGUGCUGGUACUAGUGCUGCUGGUGGCCCAGCCGCGACUUGGACCCGUGGGCUCGCCCCGACCAGCAGUCGGACAGUGGCAAAUGACCGUCGAGCGGACUGAAGUGAACGCCAAGGACGGCGCGGUGGCGCCGGCGCAGCCAGAGGCGGUACCGACGCAGCCAGAGGCGGUACCGACGCAGCCGCGGGCGGUAGCGGCACAGCCGGACUAUGCGAAGGACCCCGAGCCGCGGACCGCCGUCAACGCCUCGGCAGCCGACUCUCUGCGCGGCGCGUGCGACCGUCUGCGGGCGAGUGUCACCGGUCUGGCCCCGGACGUGCGCCAGGUGAUGCGCUGGGUGUGCGAGCAGGUGGGCGGAGCGCUGCCCCGGGAGCUGGACACGAUGGGCUGCAACAAGGCCGUCAUGUACCACCCGAUCGGCCGGCUCGGCAACCUGAUGGGCCUUUACGCCAUCGUCUACAGCUUUAGCCGGAUGUACGGCACCACGGGCUACGUGGAAAGUCACAUGUGGUCCACGCUGCACAAGUACUUUCCGGACAUUUCGCUGCAAUCCGCUCCGAACGAUACCAAGUGGAAGGACAUCACAUACCAGCAGGCGCCGUCCAAACUCGAGUGCCAGCCGGGCGAGGGCACCGAGUCUCGCUUCUACCGGAUCACCAACUACCCGGACCGCAACGGCAUCGACGUCUUUCACCCGUUCUACGACGAGAUCCGCAGGGAGUUUCGGUUUUCGGACGCGCUGCAGAAGCAGGCUCAGGAGUUUCUGUGGCACGCGCGCGGCAACCGCAGCUCCGUCACCUACAUUGGAUUCCACGUGCGGCGCACUGACUACCAGGCUUACAUCAAAAAGCAGUACAACAGCACCUUGCCAGACGACCUAUACUUCAACAAGACGCUAACCUACUACCGCCAGCGCUUCAGCGACGCGCUCUUUAUCGUCUGCUCCGACGACCUCAACUACGUCGCUAAGCAAAUGAACGCCAAGCAGAACGACGACAUCGUGAUCGCCGGCAAUCGCAACAUCGGCGACCCGGGCCGGGACAUGGCUCUGCUGUCGGCCUGCAACCACUCGGUGGUGACGGUGGGCACGUACGGCUUCUGGGGCGCCUACCUGGCCGGCGGCACGGUGCUGGUGCCAGAGCGACAGACGCACCUCUCCCGGGGCGAUCGGCACGCGCCGCUGCUGGAGAUCCAGCUGGCUGGCGCCACCAACUGGGUGCCGAUGCGCCGCCGGUGACCUGACCCGACCGGAGCUGACCUGACAGGGGGCUCGCACGGGUUUGUCGUGACCUCCCUCGGCUGCGUCCGGGCACACCGUGCCGUGAUCAGACUGAGCACUUACGUGCAACGAGAUGUGCCGCAGGGGUUUUGUGGUGGCUGAAGGCGCCCCGUAGUGAUCGGCCAUUUUUACCGGAUGUGGGGCGUUGAUAGCAGUGUGACCUGCCCAGCGACGGCCCAACCGUAAAGCGCUCAGUCACGCACCUUGUGAUAAGCUAUCGCCGCGAACGACGUGGGCCUGAUAGCGUGUAGGUAGACGCAUUGCCGGCUAAGCGGCAUCGUUUCAGACGCGGUUUUGGGAGACCGUCUGAUUUGUUAUACCUAAGCACAUCUGUAACGCUGUACCCAACCCAGGAAUUUUUGUCGCUCCCGUUAUUUUGAAAUUUUUAUUUGAAUUUUUGUCGUAGGAACGCCUAAGUGUCAUAGUUUUAUCAGAGUGAUAUAAAAGUGAUGUAGGUUGUUUUUUUUUCAGGCGAUCUUGAUAGGUGCCAUCCGGUACUAAAGUACCGACAAGAUAACUAUAGUAAAGCCGAUGUUAUGGCUUUAUGUUAUAACAUAACCUUUGAAGUCGCUUUGAGCUACGAUUGUAUCGAUGAAAUUUAAUAUGCCUAUUUUUCAGCACCGCCAGUUGUGAGUUACCUAAUAUCUGUAGAAAAGUGAGACGGACCAUUAAGCUCAGCCAUCAAGUGCAGAGUUUGUUGUUUUCAGUUGUGAUGUAAAUGAGCUAGGCAUUGAAUGUGAUCUGUGCACCUAGGCUGAGGUGUACGUUUCCUCAGUUUGCUGCCGGGCAGCGCUCAGACACUGGUGUGAACUACCGUUACUGUGAAUUGUGCAGCCUUCUAUCCGCGUGCCAUUUCAGGGAUCUUAUGUCGAGGCUAAAGAGCAGUAGAUAUGCGAACUAGUUAUUUGUCAUUUGUCACCUGAAAGUUGUAAGUCAUAGCAUCGCAAUAUGGUGUUGGCCUAUUUGAUGUGAUGCAACAUUUUGGAUGUAUUUGUAAUAAAUUUACCAUUUCCGGA